UCCUCGAACUGUCAAAGUCAAAAUCAAUCGCAGAGUUGAGCUUUGGAAACUUUUGCGUGAUUUCAGUUUCAAUAAUCAGCAUAUUGUCUUUGUAAUCAGCUAUGUAACUAUUUUGAACUGUCCUAGAAUCGUUGGACCUGCUAACCCACAUUCGCCUAGAAUAUCUUCGCUUUUUUUUGAGUAGACCGUAAGAAGUAACAAUACUACGAUUUUUAGAAUGAACGCGAAAUAGAUUCCAGAAGGAAUUUGGAACUUUAUUCGAAUUUCAUUCUGUUGAGCCAGAAAUUCGGAUCUUUUUUUUUGAUAUCAUGAUGUAAAGUGUAAACUGUAAUGCAAAUGAAUAACAGAAAAAGGAAUUUGGAAAUAAGUUUUCAACAUGAAUGUUGUGAAUCCUGUAUAUGACUUCAUACAGAGAAAUAGAGUUCUCUCUCUAAUCGAAAAAGCCCAAAACUCUGAGGCUCGAACCUUAGCUUUGGAUGAUUUUGAUUUGAAGUGCUUUCCUGAUGAUUUGUUAUUUUGUCAUAGUUUAUAUUCUUUGAAACUUGGCCAUAAUUUCAUAAAAGAAUUACCAACCAGUAUAACUCAGUUGAAAAAUCUUCAACACCUGUCUCUAGAAUAUAAUAAUUUGAGUGAAUUUCCUGAAGCCUUGAUGGGCAUACCGCAACUGGUAUCUCUCAACAUUAGUCAUAAUCCCAUCAAAGAUUUAACCAAAGACAUAAGAUGUUUUUCAUCUUUGGAAAUAUUAUGGUGUAAUAGCUGCUGUUUGACAAGAUUUCCAAAAGAAAUAGGAAACCUAACUAAACCGGACACAUUAGGAGCAAGACAUAACAGAUUAAGUAAAUUACCAGAUGAGAUUUGUUGUUUAUUGAAUUUAAGAUGGCUGACUCUAGAAGAUAAUAAGUUGUGUACUCUUCCAAAAGAAGUUGAUAAUUUAAAAUUGUUAAAGCAUCUGAAUUUAAAUAAUAACAAUUUGAACUGUUUACCCCAUAGAAUAUCCAGAAUAAAGAAUCUGAGGUACCUUCAUUUACAAAAUAACGAAUUCUUUUCCUUACCAGAAAAAACAAUAUUUGCAAUGCCUCAUACUAAAAUCAAUUUACGGAACAAUCCCUUACAACUUGAAGAUAAUAAGGUUUUUACCAAUGUAAUAAUAACAGGAUUGGAAAAUGAUAUUUUGGAUAUGUUUGGACAUGAUUCAGAUUCCAGCUCUGAUGACUGGGAUAACAGUUUGGAUAGCUCAGACUUGAACUACUCGGCAACAGAUUCGGAGAGUGAUAAUGAAAAUGAAGAAGUUGUUUCGCAUAUACCAAUUUUGUCCAAAUUUCUGGUUACAUGCUGAUAGUGUUUUUCUUUUUUUGUUUCAAAAAACAUUACUGAAUGUAUACUCACACUGUUAUUACCUUAAAGUAUUAUCUGGUCGAAUAAAUGGAUUGAAAUUAUAUCUGUUUAGUAAUACAAAUAUGAUAUCA